GCUUGAGUAUGAGGUGAAACGAGGUGACUAUAGAGGACAUGUGCAUAUUGCUUCUUCUUUGGUCUUCUUCACCCCUUGUGUUCUCCGUGUUAGGGUUUGCAUCAGAUUCCAACAAUUCUCGCUUCAUUCUGUGCUUUCACUAGAUUUUGUUCAACAUGACUCAAGAUCUUGAGAUGAAGGAUCGCUCAACGCCUUCCAACUCCGUUUCUGCACCUGCUCCAUCUACUUUGCAGAAUUUGAAGGAGAUAGGGUCACUUAUCGAGACCGGUUCGUACUCGAAGGAAGUUCGUAGAAUUGCUCGCGCUGUUCGCCUUACUAUUGCGUUGAGGCGGAAAUUGACAGCAUCUGUUAUCUCGUCUUUUCUUGAUCAUGUUCUUACUCCUGGUUCUGAAGCUCACGCCAAAUUGUCUGCGUAUCUUCCCAAGGAGGAUGAUCAUGAGAUGGAAGUGGACGCGGCAACAUCUGCUAUUCAAACCCCUGUUAAACACUUGUUGCCUGAGCUAGAAAUCUACUGUUACCUGCUUGUGCUACUUUUUCUGAUUGAUCAAAAAAAAUACAAUGAGGCCAAAGCUUGUUCCUCAGCUAGCAUUGUUUGGCUGAAGAACACAAACAGAAGAACUGUUGAUGUUAUUGCAUCCAGACUGUAUUUUUACUAUUCCUAUAGCUAUGAGCUUACAGGAGAUCUUGCUGAAAUUCGGGGCAACCUCCUUGCUUUGCACCGAAUUGCUACCCUGCGUCAUGAUGAGUUGGGCCAGGAAACACUUCUUAAUCUGUUACUUCGUAACUACCUUCACUACAACCUAUAUGAUCAGGCUGAAAAGUUGAGGUCCAAGGCUCCUCGAUUUGAAGCACAUUCUAACCAGCAGUUUUGUCGUUAUCUCUUCUACCUUGGAAAAAUUAGGACAAUUCAGUUGGAAUAUACCGAUGCAAAAGAGUCCCUCCUGCAGGCUGCCCGGAAAGCUCCCGUUGCUGCACGGGGUUUUCGUAUUCAAUGUAACAAGUGGGCUGUGAUAGUGCGUUUACUAUUAGGAGAAAUACCAGAGCGGACUGUCUUUAUGCAGAAGGGAAUGGAGAAAGCUUUAAGGCCUUACUUUGAGCUUACAAAUGCUGUCCGGAUUGGGGACUUGGAACUGUUUAGGAAUAUUGCCGACAAGUUUGCCUCUACCUUUAACGCAGAUAGAACCCAUAAUUUGAUUGUUCGUUUGAGGCAUAAUGUCAUCAGGACUGGUUUACGCAAUAUCAGCAUCUCCUAUUCCCGCAUCUCUCUAGCGGAUGUUGCUAAAAAACUGAGGCUGAACUCUGAAAAUCCAGUUGCUGAUGCUGAGAGCAUUGUAGCAAAGGCUAUUCGUGAUGGGGCAAUUGAUGCUACAUUGGAUCAUGCCAAUGGGUGGAUGGUGUCUAAGGAAACUGGAGAUAUUUACUCCACAAAUGAGCCUCAGUUAGCCUUUAAUUCUCGGAUUGCUUUCUGUCUUAACAUGCACAAUGAGGCAGUUCGAGCGCUCCGUUUUCCACCUAACACUCACAAAGAGAAGGAAAGUGCUGAAAAGAGAAGAGAGAGACAACAGCAAGAGCAGGAGCUGGCUAAGCAUAUUGCAGAGGAGGAUGAUGAUGAUUUCUGAUAAUUGUCUUCUUUCACCCUACCAAUUGCAAUGAGGAUAUCUUCAUUUCCAACCUUUGCUAAUGUUUACAUUUUGAAAAACUUCCAUUAUCAUUUCCUUUUCUAAAGGUCAAUUUUUCAUUUUCUAUGUGGAAGAUCUCUGAAAGUCAGUUUAACAUAUUGAAAUAUUUAUUGUUUGUUUCCAACCGUGAUGACUGUUAUGGUUUGUUUCCUUGUUUUGAGAAUUAUGUUUUAGGAUCUGAAAAGAAAAAAACCAAUUAUUUUUCUUAUGGGUGUUACAAUGGAGCUGAGCUUAAGCUGUCGCUAUA